AUGUCCUCCGCGCCCGUCGCGCCGCGCGCGUCGACGAGCGCGCGCGCGUCGACGAGCGCGCGCGCAUCGCGAGCGAACCCGCGCGCGUCGAUGCGAUCGACCUUUACGACGCCGGUGACGCCGCGAUCGAGGACGAGACCGCGCUCUGACGCUCGAUGCGGUCGCACGCGCGCGCGCGCGUCCUCGGAAUCGCGCGAGGGGUGGGAACGCGCGCGAGAGAAGGCGUUGGAGUUGAUCGACAAGGCCAAGUCGACCAAGCGGCUCGACCUGAGCGGACUGGGUCUGCGCGCGCUCCCGGUCGAGGCGUUGGAGUUGACGGAGUUGCUCGAGCUGCAGGUGUCGAAUAAUAAUUUAUACGAUUUACCGAGCGAGAUGUUCGAGCGGUGCACGAAGAUUGAGCGAUUGGGCCUGGCGGGGAAUCGGUUACGGAGGCUUCCGAAAUCCGUCGGCAACCUCAAGAGUUUACGAGGGGUGUGGGCGCACGGGAACUGCUUGCGGACGAUUCCGAGAGAGAUUGGUGCGUGCGAAUCGUUGAGAAAUCUCGUCUUGGGAGGGAACUAUCUCGCGGAGUUACCGGAAGAGAUUGAAAAGUUGAAGAAUCUGGAGGAGCUCUCGGCGCCGGGAAAUCGUCUUCGAGCGAUUCCAGAUUUGGGAUCAAUGCCGCUCUUGCGCGAGAUUGAUCUUCACGGGAACUUCAUCGAGCGCUUACCGGAGGACAUGAGCGGGUUACGGGCGUUGGAAACUCUGAGUUUACAGGGAAAUCGCGUUCGCGAGGUGCCGAAGAGUUUGACGAAAUUGAGGCGCCUUCGCGCGCUCAACCUCGCGGAGAACGCGAUGACGACGCUUCCGGAUGAAAUCGCGGACAUGACGAUGUUAACCUCGGUGUGGCUGUACUCAAACGCGUUGACGUCGUUACCAGGGACGAGCGUGCGGAAGAUGCCGUCGAUCAGGCAGAUUUGGAUCGAGGGAAACGACGGCUUGUCGGGCGAGAGUUUGGACGCCUUUGUCGCCGCCGUGGACGGAAGCAAAACCUUGAAAACACUCGGCGUGGACUCGAGACAGGCGGGAAAAAUGCGCACUCGCGGCGCCGCGAUCGUCGCCACCGCAGAAAUUCCUGAGAACAAUCCUCGCGGGUAUUUUAAGCUCGUUCGAUGGCCGAAAGGGGAUGGGUCGACGCGCGCGCCGGUGCUCGUCGUCUCGUUUGGGAGCGCGCCCGGGGUGCCGAACUGGGGCGGGUUGCUCAAGAAGCUUCAGAAAAACGUACGGGAUGGCGACUCGUACGAUGUUUUAUACGUGUGCGACGUUGAUCGCUCGUGGUACGCCUCGAGCGACGCGAGCGGUGAUCAAGAGCUCGAGUUUGAGCGCUGGAGCGCGCCCUUGCGAGAGGCGUGCGAGAAGUAUGAGCGCGUGCUCUACGUUGGCGAUUCCAUGGGCGCGAGCGCGGCGUUGAUGUUCGCCGAACACGCGACCAAAGUGUUGGCAUUUUGUCCACAGGUCGAUCUCUACGACGCGAGCAUACGCCCGAGCCGAUCGAACGUGUGGUUCAAGAGGUUCAAGGGCGUCAUGAUGUCGGGGCUCAACCAAUCCACCGCCGACAUCGACGUGCACACGGGGUCGUGGGAUCACGACAAGGAUCAAGCGGCGCUCUUACCGAGGGACAAGGUGAAACACAUCGUACAUCAGGUGGAUUCGCACCGGCUCGCGUUGGCGCUCGACGGGGAGGAGAAACUGUUACCGAUCAUUAAGAGCGCGUUUGAGUCCGAGUUGACCGCGGCGCGCGGCGGCGGUUCCGCCGAGGAAUCUUCCUCGUCGUCCUCGUCGUCAUCCGCGUCUCUGAACGCGUUCGCGCCGUGGCAAAGCUUAGGUCUGAAGUGA